GCAAAGUCGGAAAUCCCAAACCCACAAGUGUCUAGUGGCCGAGUGUCAACACAGCGCCCAUGUAAGACGUGUAUGCCGUGGAGGAGACUUGUGGCGGUGUUCCAGUGAGAGAGAGCUCAUUAUAAGGAGAGAGACAUCACACGGGCGAGGAUGGAGUCGAUGCUGAACAAGCUGCGCUCCAGCAUGAGCAGUGCAGCCACCAGUGCUGUGUCCAAUGCUGUGCAGAUUGCCUCCCAGGUCUCCAACUACCUCCCAGGCAACCCAGUGACACGGGAGUUUGAGGCCACAGCCCACGUGGCUUCAGCAGGACCAGGCCUUGUAUGGAAGGUUUACAAAGGCCACAAGAAGUCCACCAAGCAAGACGCAGCAAUCUUUGUCUUUGAGAAGCGGAUCCUAGACCGUUGGGACAAGCAGGAGCGGGAGGCCAUGCUGGACCGCCUCAGGAAGGGAGUGUCACAGCUCACCCGGCUCAGACACCCACAGGUACUGACGGUGCAGCAUCCCCUGGAAGAGUCACGAGACACUCUGGCAUUUGCCACAGAGCCAGUGUUUGCUUCACUGGCCAAUGUCCUCGGCAACACAGACAGUGCCCCUUCGCCGCUCCCCCCUCCACUGCAGGACUACAACCUCUAUGAUGUGGAAAUCAAAUAUGGCCUCAUGCAGGUGAGUGAAGGGCUGGCAUUUUUGCACAACUCUGUGAAGAUUGUGCAUCGCAACAUUUGUCCAGAGAACAUCGUGCUGAACCACCAAGGUGCCUGGAAACUAUUUGGCUUUGACUUCUGUGUUGCCAACCAGUCUCCUCCUGACCAGCAGCCCUUCUGGCCCUUCGAGGAAUACGUCCCUAACCGCCAGACAAUCUGUCAGCCCACCCUGGACUAUCUGGCUCCAGAGUAUGCCCUCACCCACACCCUUGACCCUGCUGCUGACCUCUUCUCCCUGGGUGUGGUGACCCAUGCCCUCUUCAAUAGUGGGCGACCCAUCUUCCAAAACCACCAAGAUUUUGUCACAUUCAAGAGAAACUGUUGUGAGUUAAAGAACACGAACACACUACAGUUGUCCAGCAUUCCUGAGGGUGUGCGGGAGGAGGUGCGGCUGUUGCUACACGCUACACCACAGCUACGUCCUGAUGCUCUCCAGUUCUCCAAAAUCUCUUACUUUGAGGAUGUGGGAGUGAAGACACUGAAUUACUUGGACCAGAUGUUCCAGUGGGACAACAUGCAGAAAUCUCAAUUCUACAAAAGUCUUCCUCAGAUCAUUCCUCAGCUUCCCCACCGUGUGUGUGUCCUCAGGGUGGUGCCAAGUCUGAUGCAGGAGUGUGUCAACACCACCAUGGUGCCGUUUGUGCUGCCAGUCAUCUUGUUAGUGUCAGAGCGAGCCUCUCGGGAGGAGUACGUGGAGCACAUUUUGCCGCACCUCAAGCCCAUCAUGAAGAUGACCGAUCCACCACAGAUCAUGCUGCAGCUGAUGCAAAAGAUGGAACUGCUUUUAGGCAAGACACCACCAGAGGAUGUGCGCGGCGACGUCUUGCCACUGCUGUACCGAGCGCUGGAGUGUGACAUGCAGCAGAUCCAGGAGCUGUGCCUCAGUGUGAUACCCUCAUGUGCUGCCCUUGUAGAGAGUCAUGCCAUGAAGAAUGCUCUGCUGCCCAAGAUCAAGAAACUUUGUCUAGCCACUGGAUACCUCUCAGUGCGAGUGAACUGCCUGGUGUGUGUGGGCAAGAUUCUGGAGCACCUGGAUCGCUGGCUGGUCAUGGACGACAUCUUCCCCUUCCUGGAGCAGAUUCCUUCACGGGAGUCACCAGUCAUCAUGGCCAUCGUGGGAAUCUUCAAGGUUGCAAUGACCCACAAGAAGUUAGGCAUCUCCAAGGAAGUUUUGGCCACCAGGGUGUUGCCCUUUUUGUUUCCACUGAGCAUUGAGAACUCUCUCACUCCAACUCAACACUCAGCAGUCAUGAGCCUCAUAAAGGAGAUGACAGAAAAAGUAGAAGCAGAACACAGAGUCAAACUUGAACAACUCAACUCUAUCAAAGAUGAACAAAAGGCUCUACAAAUGGCUAUGCCAACCAGCUUAGCCUCAGGCUCAACACCAGGCACAGCCAGCACAGCUGCUGUCAAUGGCUCAGUUGUCAGUCCUGCUGAGGCUGCCACUGAUAUGUUUGCUGGUCUUGGACUAAAUCAGUUUGCCGGGGGAGGUGGCUCGUCUGCCUCUCAAAAGUCUGCAAUGUCAUCAUCAUCAUCAUCAUCAGCAGCAGCAGCAGCAGCAGCAGCAGCAGCAACAGCAGCAGCAGCUCCAGCAGGCAACAAAACUCAGCAGCCAAAGACAGAUGUUACUUCUCCCACUGCCUCGCUCAGCAUGCAGGAUAAACACAGGAUGAUGAAGGAACAAGGCCUCCAGAAGCAGCCUCCACUUCUCCCCUCCCCCCCACCACCCUCCUCCACCAUCACCAAAAACACUCAACCUUCUUCCUCCUCCUCACAGACUUCCAAUCUCACAUCCUCUCUCAUCACUUCCAAUCUGAGCCUGAUAGCAAGCCCUCCGGGGCCACACCAGCACACUGCACCUAUGGCUGGUCUGGGCAACACAGGAUUGAGUUAUGGUAUGAGGCCCAACCUGACACAACAGCCUCUUGGAACCAUGAACUCUUGGGCCACUUCUCCUACACAGCCACAAUCCUGGACCUCCCCAAUGCCUCACCUGCAGCCACAGCCCAUGUCUUUGAACUUGGGAGCUUUUGAUAACCUCCUUCCUUCUCAACCAAGACCACCAAGUAUGAACCAAAUGGCUUCCAAUUUCAAGUCUGCCCCCAUGUUGGCACCACUGAGGCCCAUGAAUGCCACUCCCGUGCCAGCCCCUGUCCGCCCACUCACUUCCUCAGAUAUCAAUGACCUCCUCAGCUGAGAUCACUUUUUAUUAGUGUUUUUUAUAUUGUCUCAGCUCCUUUCUAGACUGUAUAGUUAGGUUAAUGCAGUGUGUAUUUACAAGACUGUACAGACCUAGCUAGGAAAGAUUUACUGGUUGUACUUUUUAUUUCUUCAUUGCAAGUGUCUAGUCAUAACAGGAGCCACAUAGGCAGACAUUUUGCUGUUUGUGUUUUCAUAGCAUCUAAGCAGCAAGCGUGUGAUGGAUGAAGCAUUUUUGAAGCUGAUACUGUGGAGAGCUUCCCUGCUUUUGUUACAGUGUUGAUGUAAUCCAAGGCAGGAUCCACACACUGACUCCAACAUAUUCCAAGGUGAGUGAUUCUAGGUUACUAUAUAACAACAUUCCAAUUAUGUAUGUGUUUAUUAAUGAUGCUUUUAUUUUUGUUUAUGAAAAGAUUAAUGGCAUUAGUCUAUAACCAAUAUUUUUCCAAUAUACUAGGUUAUUUGAUAUACAUGCAUAUAUUAUGGAUAUAAGAUGUGUAAUGUCAGUGCAGUAAUCAAAGAUAUCAAGUGCAGUUUUCUUUCAGCAGCUUCAAUUGCCAAAAACACAUGCCUGUGAAUUUGUGUGAAAAUUCAUAUGGCUUAUAGAAUGUUUUAUCAGACUCUUGGUCUUAGAAUUAACUGUUUCACAUUGUUUGGUUGGUUUGAUGUUCCAUCCUCAUAAUUAAGCUCUUUUAUAAGUAAUAUGCACAUGACCUACUUACCUGAUUCAUUCAGUACUAGUGAUUAUCUAUUUUCCUAUAUUUGACAACUUCCCUAAGGGAAUAACCAUGGUCAGAUGUCCCAGCACAGCAGUCUGUUACCUCACAAGGUAACACCUGGAAAACCUGUUGAUGUGGUUAUUAUUGUUUAGGUGACAGUGCUCAGUGACUGGAUGGACUGAGACACUCUCUCUCUCUCUCUCUCUCUCUCUCUCUCUCUCUCUCUCUCUCUCUCUCUCUCUCUCUCUCUCUCUCUCUCU